GCACUCACUGUAAUAAAUUGUUUAUCUUCCUUCGAAACACCCUAAGGUACACACACACAUACACACAUCCACGAACACAUGUUCACCACUCGCAGCACAUCCGGAGAGUGCGGCCAAGAUAAAGAGCUCAAGAGAGCUGCUGCUGCUGCCUAUGCCCGGCACUAAUCCCAAUUGACGGACCGACCGGGAUAGCGGACGCCUUUUUAUCGCAACCCUCGUAUGCGCGCAGGGUAGUUCGAGCGACAAGAAACUACUUCAUCAAGAUGUCGAUCGCGGUACGUUGGGCAAAGCGGCGUGUCUUCGUUACGAUCACGAUCGUGCUCGUGGUGUACUACUUCCUGUCCGCCUCGUACCAGCCGUACCAGAUCAGUACGAUCAUCCCGCGUACCAAACCGGAAGACGUGUGGGAGUUUGUGGCUGACUUUAGCCGCAUGAAGAAGCUCAACCCAACCAUACUAAACUUCCGCAUUCUGGCCGAUCACGGCAACUUUGAGCAUUGGAAAUAUACGGUCGAGUACGACGAGCGGUUAUCGCACUGGCCGCACACGUUCAACACGGCGAUCGGGCACUACUCCGUCCGGAAGCUGCCCGAAUCGGAAGGUGGACACUAUUCCGUUGCCUCCACGCAUCGGACAUGCUUUCUGCUAGGCCUUUUCUGCUUGAACGCGAAAGGCGAGUUUAAGAUAUCGCGCAUCCACCAGGAGGACACGUACUGCGAGGAAACGGUACGCUACCAGUGUCCCUUUUUCUUCGGCCGGUUCUGUCGCCGCGAGGUGGAGUUUCAGCGGCAAGCCAUCAUGGAGAACCUGCGGUUACAGUUCAAGCAGAAAGCGUUCGGAAAGUGAUCGGUCGGUAGGGUGGAAAUAUGCGCGUAAAUUGAGCGGUUAAACAGUAGAGAUAAGAAUUUUAAUAAGACUUAGGAUAAGACUGCGCGCGUAUACGUGGUCAUCUGUGCUAAGCGACUUUUUUGGAGGUGCUUAUUAAACAAGCUUAUAAAACUUAUGUAGUGUGUUCUUGCGAGUACAAAGAAUAAAUCAUUGCAAAAAGGCUUAUUACCAUUCAAAUAAUAACUACAAUUUGAAGAUCUAUCCUUUCUAACACUUCUUCCAUCGUUCGAUUAGGAUACGUCUAACUAUUGGUUGCCUUUACCAAGGUGCAGAAGGUCAAACUUCUAUCUAUUUCUUAAACCUAACUACAAUCAAGAAAGGCCAAAAUAUGAACUAAUCGAGGUAAAACUGUAAGACUGUUUGUAGCCUUGAAUUGAAAACUUCAAACGAACUUCUGGUCCCACAAUG